AUGGCGAAGCUUGACCUCACUAUUCCCAACCUUAGGCUCAAUGACGGAGCUACCAUGCCCAUGCUGGGCUAUGGCACAGGCACUGCGUGGUACAAGACCGGUGAAGAGUCCAAGAUUGACCAGAGCAUCAUCGACGCUGUAAAGAUGGCGAUUAAGCUUCGGUAUACACACCUCGAUGGAGCAGAGAUGUAUAAGACAGAACAAGAGUUGGGAACCGGGAUCAAGGAGUCUGGCGUUGAUCGUGAGAAGCUUUUUGUAACAACCAAGGUUGACAAUGACAACAUUCACGAUAUCGAGAACGCCCUGCAUAUCAGUUUGAAGAAGCUACAGCUGGAAUACGUUGAUCUCUACCUCAUCCACCAACCGUGGUUCGCACAGACUGAUGAGGACAUCCAGAAAGCGUGGGCGCAAAUGGAGGCCAUUCAAGCCAAGGGCCUGGCAAAGUCAAUUGGUGUUUCCAACUACACCUCAGCUCACCUCAAUGCUCUCCUGAAGACGGCCAAGGUGGUUCCUGCAUGCAACCAAAUCGAGUUUCACCCUUACCUGCAGCGCACCGAGCUCCUCGCUCUGCACAAGCAGCACGGCAUCGCCACUGCGGCCUACGGUCCUCUUACUGCGGCCACAAAGGCUGCGCCGGGGCCUCUGGACAACUACUUUGCGGCCCUUGAAAAGAAGUACGCUGUCGGCGCAGGCGAGAUCUCCUUGAGGUGGUGCAUCGACCAGGACAUUGUUCCUAUCACCACAUCGUCGAAGGAGCAACGACUCAGCGACUACCUUCGUGUUGCGACUUUCAAGCUCACACCGAAAGAAAUUCAGGAGAUCAACAAGAUCGGACAGCAGAAGCACUUCCGUGGUUUCUGGCAGAAGAAGUUUGAGGAUAGCGAUCGAACAUAG